UGCUUACCGUAAAGUGUUAAUAUAUGGCUCGUGCUACAAAUCCUCAACUUAUUCGUCUCUCUCGUCUAUCACUAUGGCUGGCCGGAAAGGGACGCUUUACUCGUCAAGUGUAGAUGUCAAAGGAAAUGGCUUCCUUGCUCUUAAGAAAGAGAGCAAAGUAGCAGAAACACCAAGUUUUGCUGACCUUCCAUUAUGUCUCCUGGAAGUAAUAAUAUCUCAACUUGAUUUAAAAGAUAGCAUACGCGCCUCUGCUGCCUGCAAAACAUGGCGUGAAGCCGGUCUAUAUGUCCGGUUGGUAGACAAGCCUCCUUGGCUUAUGCACUUACCUAAACGUGGCAGCUCUUUUGAAAUGUACGAUCCAUUGCAAAAGAAGAUGUACACACUGAAUCUACCUGAGCUAUCAAAAUCCACUGUGUGUUACUCAAGAGAUGGAUGGUUACUUAUGCGCAAGACCACUUCUCACCAGUUAUACUUCUUCAAUCCGUUUACUCGUAAGCUCAUAAACUUACCAAAGCUUGAGUUAUCGUAUGAUGCAAUCGCUUUCUCGUGUGCACCUACAUCAGGUACUUGUGUUGUGUUAGCGUUUAAGACUGUUGAGUAUGGUACCGUCACUACGAGCACUUGCCAUCCCGAAGCAACAGAGUGGAUUACGGAGGAUAUACAUUUCUAUCUGAGAUAUGAAAGUGAUUCACAUAAGCACAGCAAUGUAAUCUAUGCAAACCGUCGCUUCUAUUGUAUUGGCGAUACCGGAGGCUUACAUUACUUUGAACCGUCUUCUCGAGAAUGGCGUACCAUCUACACGUAUACAUCGCCAUGUCCUUUCUCAGGUAUGUAUAGAUACCAGUAUGAGCGAAAGAAGAAGAGAGUUUUCUUGGUGGUGCGUAAAGGAGUGUUGUUUAAAAUGUACACAUGCGGAGGUGAGAAGCCUGUUGUGUAUAAGCUAGAUGAGUCGUACGAUUGGGUGGAGAUUAAUAGCACUACGCUUGAUGGGUUGACAAUCUUUACGAGUCUUUAUUCUUAUGAGAUGAGAGUUAAUCUCCCAUGGAUGAGGCAUAGUGUUUAUUUCCCGAAGCUUCGUUUAAGUUUCAAGUGUUGUGUAUCGUAUUCGUUUGAUGAAGAGAGGUAUUUUCCGCGUAAGCAGUGGCAAGAACAGGAGGAUUUGUGCCCUGUUGAGAGUCUUUGGAUUAGGCCACCUAAGAAAGCUAUAGACUACAUGUGAAGCUAGAACAAUUAAUGGUGGCAAUGGUGUAUGUUAAAGACAUAAUUCUCUCUUCUUUUUCUUCCAUUAGACCAGUUGACAU